AUAACAGCAGCAAAAUUUUCUAUCAAUCAAUAAAUCAUAAGAAAAUACCACAAUAAAAAGCAUCAAAUGCACAACAACGCAUCUUUUUUCAGUACUGGCAGCUCAUGAAUCUUGCUGAGAGGAAAGAAUGGUGACCCUUUUGGCCGAGCUGCACAUCUGGUCCCUGAAAAGUAAUGUCAUCACAUCUGACCAGGAUGUUGGUUGCUAUAGCUACCAUGAUAAAGGGGAAGCCAAUCCUUAUGCUGAUCAAAUGUAUAUAGAGGAAAGACAGCAACUUGUGGAAGGCCGAGAUCUGACUUGGAUGCCAAAGAAUAAAAGACCUGACAAACUUCGAGAUAAUAUCAAGGAUGUGGAGGAUUUAUUAGCUGUCCACAAGUGCAUCCAUUGCAAUUGGAGAACCAGAAGACUCCUGCAGAUUAUGCUGAGUAAUGGAAUAAUUGUGUCGUUCAUCCUGAGCGCCUAUUCUGGAGAUGUAGAGAAGAUAUUCAUUGAUAAAACUUUAGUUGGAAAGAUAUUAUCGGAUAUUAUCACCGAUGUCAUCUUCACAGACACUUUUGCCGUGCUCUCCUACAGCGACAAGGCCAAACUAGACUAUGUAAAUUUCACCAAGCCUAUGCCUGUUGGUGACGCCAUCAAAAAGUUUGAUAAACUCUCGGCCUUUGACCCCAAAAUUACACAGCUCGACCUGCCGGGGCCGCAGACCACUAGACGUCUUGACCGCCAUCUAUCUUGUAAUGCUAGCCAGGACACGCUGCUGUCAUGGUGGGCCAUCUCAAGUGAGGAAGCAUGGCCGUGGUCACCAAUGACGAGUGACAGGGAGAGAGCUAAUCUGGUGGUGAUAGGAGUAAAUGGCCCCAAGUUGGAUGUUCUCAGUUACAUGCGAACAGAAGGUGAUCCAAUCAACAUUACUUUCAGCCGGCUGAAUUCUCAUCAAAUCCUCACUCUGGAACAAGCGCUUGCCUCCUCUGGUGAGAGGCGUGUUGAUGUUUGUACUUACGAGGCCACAAAAAACAAGCUGAUGAAGACUGCUCCCACACCUAUCCUACUGAAAAAUGCUGUUUUGUGUCAUGGCCGGAAUCCUGCCGAAGAUAAACUGAUCUUAGGGUGUGAUGAUGGAUCACUGGUUUUAUAUGAUGAGAAUAGGAGAACCACUGCUGUUACACAAACAUCACUGACGCCUCACAUCAUUUCUUGGCACCCAGAUGGUACUAUUGUCAUGGUUGCAAGCUCUAAAGGGGACAUUCAGCUUUUUGACAUGGCCUUGGGACCUCUGACCGUCCAGAUCACCUCGGAGAAAGUUAAUCCCCAGCGCGUAUUACGUCUUCAUCAGUUCUUCCGCUCUCCACCUAUCCUGAGUAAGAUGGAGUGGUGCACAUGUGAAGUCAUUCCGUCCGAUUAUGUCGCAGAUAGCGUUGACUCCCAGCUACUCUGCUUUGAUAGGGGACCAUUGGCUAUGAUGCAACUUGUCCUGGGGGUCCACAACCAUAACCGCUUAUCUCCUGCACAGCUGGUGAACCAGUACAUCAAACAUCAACAGUUGGAUGAGGCUGUGAACCUGUUGAGCAGUAUGAACUGGAAUGUCGACAGCCAGAUGAGCUUCCUGUGUCUCUCGGCCAUCAUGACACAUCUACUGAGGAUGCCGCUGACAAGUGAUAGGGAAGUCCAGCUGGAAGCUACACUUGGAACAUUCUAUGGUCGGCAGCUGUCUGAGGUUGUGGUAUUGGAGCAUCGGGAUCACAUUGGGCGACUCGCACGUCGGUUCUUUCACCACCUACUCCGUUAUUCACGAUUCGAUAAAGCAUUCCUAUUGGCUAUUGACAUCGGUGCUCGUGACCUGUUCAUGGAUAUUCAUUACAUGGCGAAGGAUAAAGGGGAGACGGCACUUGCUCAGGUUGCCAAGAAAAAGGCUGACGAGAUAGAAGCGGAGAUGCCACUUACAGACACAACGGAAUCUCUCACAAGCUUUGACGAAGAAGCCUCACCUGAUGCCUCACGGUCUCUCGAUGACGAAUCCUUUGAGGAGUUCUUUGAGACGGACCUCGACAAACCAUACAACCCUCCACCUCUUGCUAGCACUGCCAAAGUGAACUUACAGUCCCAGAAUCAGAUCUCUUCAGCAGAGGCAGCUUCUCAACUAUCAGAAAGGCCAUAUCCAUAUACCAAUGACCUGGAUGCAGACCUGGCCACAGAAUUGUAUGAUGAUUACACCCGGGCAUUACUCGGUGAAGGUUCUUCACCAAGGGCUUCAGGCCAAAGACGGGGAAGCCAGAAUGAAGCGGCUGAUGAAUCAUCAAGUUCUGUAAAAGUCAUUCACUUUGGCUUGGUCUGAUGCAGACGUAUUCAUUCGUAUGUGAUACCGAUGACGAUGGACUCGUUCCACGUGCAGCUCAUCUGCAAUUAAAUUUGGUGGCAUUCCGGGCUUGAGUGACUAACUCUUGGAAGUUGAGAUGUGUUGUUUACUACAAUACUGAAGUACAUGUAGUUGCCUGAAUGGACUGUGAAAAGAAAUCAUGUUAACAGAAAGAAUUGUAGCUGUACAUGUGUAGAAAAUAGAUUUAGUCUGUUUGGUCAUUCUUGUUUGUGCUACUUCCCUUUACAAUUUGCGCCUUGUACGAGAGCAUUUGUUUGCUUGGUCCUACUGGCAUGAGCUUCAGGGCGUAAGUUACAUUGUAUAUUUAAACAA